UGACGACGUACCGCCAAUGUCAAACCAGAACGCACACGGACGCGACCGACCCCCCCUGAGAAAUCCCGAACACAGAUCACCGGUCGCGGCGUCCGCGUACGGAACAGCCUCGCGGAACGCGUUGAAUUCGGUCGUCGGCACGUGUCGGGGAAUCCGCAGGGCGACAUGCGCCUGACGCCGCGGGCGCUGAUAUCCCACGGGAGGGUGGCUCGCAGGAUCGGUCUGGGCCCCGAGUCCAGAAUCAACAUGCUGCGGAACAUCCUGACCGGACUCGUGCGCCACGAAAGGAUCGUGACCACUCAGGCCCGAGCGGACGAGGUUCGGUUCUACGCAGAAAAGUUAAUCGACUAUGGAAAAAAAGGAGAUACUGAUCCGAAGGCAAUGAAAAUGGCGGACUUCUGGCUCACGGAAAAGGAUCUGGUGCCGAAGCUCUUCAAGGUCCUUGCCCCCCGGUUCGAAACCGAGACGAAGGGCUAUACUCGGAUGGCGCGCCUUCCUAACAGGGAAAACUUGGACAGGGCUAAGAUGGCUGUCCUGGAGUAUAAAGGAAACCCUUUCCCAAAUCUGUACCCUGUCAAAAAACAGAACGAACUGACCCUCAUCAACCAGCUGCUCAAGGGCUACAAGGAAGACAAGGCGCGGCAGCUGGAAGCCAAGCUUGAUUAGCUUCCUUCUCCCUGCCGGAUGAAUGAUGAAGGGGGCGGCGACGGUAUGGUGUUUGAACCUUCCGGUUGGUUGGUCGAUGCAGGCGCUUCCAAGGUGUCAUUUGCAGAUGGUGCAGAUUUUGGCAUUGACUCAUUCCUCCCAUCUUUACAUCUCAGAAGUUUUGAGUGGACUGAAGCUACGACACUGGUAACAUUUCCGACGGGUUUAGAAACAAUGCGAGGGUCCCGUCUCAAUAAAUAAUUGUUUGACA